AUUUACUACAAUAUGUUGACAAUACUGGGUCAGAAUUCAUGUUAACAUUUACUACAAUAUGUUGACAAUACUGGGUCAGAAUUCAUGUUAACUUUGACCUCUAAUUGGUGAUAAAAUAAAGUACCAGUGUAGGUAGACGCUCAGUAUAAUUUGGAACCCAUUUUGAACAUUAUUUGUAUGCUCUUUCUUAUGUCUGCUUAUUUGAAACCUUGCUUUAUCUCCAUUUAUGAGAAACAAUUUAAUGUACAAAGCCUAAAGCUUUGAGAAUCCUUGCCCUGGCUGGGUUUGGAAGAUCAAGAUUCUGUUAUUAUGGCUCCUUCACUAAUGGAGUCAGGGAACAUGUGCGCGUCAACUUGAGUGCUAGAGCCUUAUCACUAAACUCGUGAAGUAAGAUCACAAAUAUACGUAGAGGUGGAUGUUCCCAUAUAAGCUUUGGGAAUACAGAACUGGAAUUGAUACCAUGGUGGGCUGCUCAUAAUAGUAAUUUAGUUGUUAUUACUUGUUUCCUGUAAUGCACUUGUUGACCAUAUACUGUACAUGUUGCUGUGUUGUAUUAUAUUUAGGAUAUGUAUACUUUUUGAAUAAGUGUUAUGCACUAUUUACUCAUUCAUGUAGAUAAAUAACUUUAUUGUUCUUGAGCGCUACGUACAUAACUUAGAAAUUCAGAUAAAGUUUAUAAAUGUACGGUACUGUACAGUAUUUUCACUAUACAGUAUUUAUCUUGUUUAUUAGAGUUAGGUCCAGCUAAACAUUGAAAAUUUUGGGACCACAGGAAGAUUAAGCAUCUCAGCUUAUUUCAUCUGAUGUUUAAACACUAACACUAACUUAACCUAACCUACUGUAGUAAAAUAUGCUGGGAAGACUAAUCUUCAGUUAUCUUCAAUUGAUACAAAAUUUUUAUAUCCCAACAAGAAAUAGUAUCCUACUUUCAUCUGAUAAUUGUUUCAUUGGGUCAUCUUAUAUUUAUAAUGUGGACCACACUCCUCAACCAAUAUAAUACAUAUUGUAACCUCAGAUUAAUAUCCCAAUAAGGGUAAGAAGAUGGACUCCUCACCUAUGACACUGUUUGGCUACUUCAACGAGCGAGUGAAGGCCAACCUGCACUUGGUAGUGGCCAUGUCCCCCAUAGGCGACACCUUCGGGACCAGGCUCAGGAUGUUCCCCUCCCUCAUUAACUGCUGCACUAUAGACUGGUUUACUGCAUGGCCUGAUGAUGCCUUGGAGAUGGUGGCCACAUCACUGCUGCAGGAAACUAAACUGGAGGCAUCAUUGUUGGCUCACUGUGUCACUGUCUGCAAGUAUUUCCACCACAGCAUUGAUGACCUUGCCCACAGGUAGUUUCAAGGACAUCCACACCUUGCUUAUGUUAUCAUUUUCAGUUUAACUACCAAGGGUCAAAGACUGCUUCGUGUGGAUUUCAUUUUAGCAUUUAUCCAGUUGUUUCUCAAGUAGGCAAACCUGAGCAAUCUAUAGACUGAUGUCUGUCUUUUUAUACUAGAAAUUUGUUUUUAAUUAUGUAAAUACAGUUUACCACAGUCAGAAAACUCUCUUCAAUAAAACAUCCAUGUUUGAUUGUUUGUGUUUUAACUUCUGACUGGCCAAUGAUGAUCAUGUAGAAAAUAAUAGUACUGCACAGGCAUAGGACCACUUAUCUGGCAUGCUUGGGAGCUGGGAAUGGAGGUGCUGGGAUUGGGCAAGUGUGAUCGACGUGACCUCUGCAUCUUGAGACGCGAUUGGUACUAAGGCAUUGUGGGUGGUAGCAUGUGAAGUUCGCAUGUCACCACAUGAGACAGGAGAGUUUAUCCCAUUAUUCUGAGUUAGUUUAGUGCAUUUUAUAUUCAAAUAGGCCCACUAAAUGUCAAAAUUUCAUAUGAGGUGACCUGAAGCUCUAAAGAUGCACACCAUAUGACUUGACUUGAAGCCCAGGGGUUCAAGACAUUAAUUAACCCAUGAGAACCUGGUGGGCUUCCAAGACCUCAUUAAAACCAUAAGACAUACUGUACAUGAGACGUUGGUAGCCCUCCAAUACCUUAAUUAACCAGACAUACAUGAGACCUUGAUGAGUGCUC